UCGCCCGCCCUUCUCCGCGUCCCUCUGGGGUGGCCGCGGCCCCCUCCGGCCUGGGCGCGGCCUGCGAGGCGGCGAUGGAGUAGCCGAGGCCGGGGGAAAGGCCGACGCAAGAUGGUGGAUGUUGAUAUUGGUGCCGGUGGAGAUAACGCCAGAAGAAAAAUGGAUGCUCUUACAGAUAGCAGCGCUGAGAUUGUUCCGUUAGAACUCUACGAUUCGUCCAGAGCCAAAAUAGCUGCUAAUCUACAGUGGAUUUGCGCGAAAGCUUAUGGAAUAGACAACAUCCCGGAGGAAUUAAAAGAUCCUUUUUAUAUAGACCAGUAUGAGCAGGAACACAUUAAACCGCCUGUCAUCAAGCUGCUGUUAUCCAGCGAGCUGUAUUACCGCGUCUGCAGCCUCAUUCUCAAGGGGGAUCAGGUGGCCACGCUCCAGGGACACCACUCAGUCAUCCAGGCGCUCUCUCGGAAAGGGAUUUACGUCAUGGAGAGCGACGACAACCCCGUGUCUGAUUCCGAUCUUAGCUCUGCGCCAAUCAAAAUGAGUCCUCACAUGGCCAUGAUUGAUGCUCUCAUGAUGGCCUACACCGUAGAGAUGAUCAGCAUUGAGAAAGUCGUGGCCAGCGUCAAGUGUUUUUCUACAUUCAGCGCCUCGAAGGAGUUGCCCUACGAUCUGGAGGAUGCGAUGAUAUUCUGGAUCAACAAGGUGAACCUAAAAAUGAGAGAGAUCACGGAAAAGGAGAUUAAAUUAAAACAGCAAUUACUGGAAAGCCCAGGUCAUCAGAAGGUACGUUACCGCCGAGAUCAUCUCUCGAGCCGACAGCUGCCCUUUUUCCCAUUACUUGAGGACCUGAUGAAGGAUUGUAGUGAUGGAGCCGCUUUGUUGGCUGUCAUCCAUUAUUAUUGCCCUGAACAAAUGAAGCUUGAUGAAAUUUGUUUGAAAGAGGUGACAUCGAUUGCAGACAGCAUCUAUAACAUUCAGUUGCUUCGAGAAUUUGCCAACGAGUACCUGAACAAAUGUUUUUACCUCACUUUGGAAGAUAUGUUGUAUGCCCCUUUAGUUCUAAAGCCCAACAUAAUGGUUUUCAUUGCCGAAUUAUUCUGGUGGUUUGAGAACGUCAAGCCGGAUUUUGUGCGCCCCAGGGACCCCCAAGAAGUCAAAGAUGCUAAAGCCCUCCUGCAUCAGAAGAGCAGCCGCCCGUCGGUCCCCAUCUCCAAUGCCACAAAGCGGAGUUUCAUGCCGAGUCCGGCGGUCUCCAGUGCCGCCGACACGCAGCUUGCGGGCCAGCUCUCACAGGAGGCUGGCGGCAGUGGCAAAGGAGGUCCUGCCUUCAGCCCGUCGCACCCCUUGCUGCCUUUAAGGCAGAAGCAACAGAAGACGGUCCAGGGAGAAGACACUGCAGACCAACAGCAUCGGUCUAAUUCCUUGACUCGGGCAGACGGGCAGCCUCGGGAUUCGAUCCUUGCGUGGCCGGAGAAGAAGCAAAGGCCCCUUUCACAACCGGCACCGUUUGGUCUUCACCAGGCGGUGAGCAGCGACGCAGACCCCAGCUCCGGCGAUAGCAUCAGCCUGGCCAGGUCCAUCAGCAAAGACAGCCUGGCGUCCAACAUCGUCAACAUCACCCCGAAGCAGCCUCUCCCCUCCGCCCCCGUGAAGAGCAGCGGGAAAAGCUCGCUAAACAACGUGGAGAUGGAAGACGACGAGGAAGAACUGAUCGCCAUCAUUCACCCCGGUGCCACCCCGAACCACAGCAGCCUGGAACUUCAGUACGCCCCGCCGGCUCGUUCGCCCGGCUUUGCCGGCACCGCCUGGACGCCGAAAUCCCCAAGCGAGGCUACGGAAAAUAAGCCGGAGAGCUUUUUCCUGGAACCGCUCCUGCCUGCCGUUCUACGGCCGGCCAAGGAGAAGCAGGUCACCAAUAAGGAGGACGAAUGCGGGGAAGGGAAAGCCAGAGGUUACGGGCCCAAGCGGGGGAGCGAGGGGCACCCGGCUUCGUCCCGUAAGAAAACCAAUGGUAGCCACGGCGACCACAGCCUUAAUAGGACUUUUAACCUGGGUUCGAGUUCUGAACUAACGGUGAUUGCUGGUCCCAGUUUGGCAGAGCCCCUCGUCCAUCACUUGGACGCCCAGGCGGAACCCUUUUGCCCCCAAGCCAGCAGCAGCGUGGAGCUCUCCUCUCAAGAGCGGCCCUCCGCGGGCUUCUUCCUGCAUGCCCACAAAGCGGAGGAGGCCGCCGGGUCCAGCAGCAGCAGCACCAGCCUCGGUUACCUGAAAAGCCCCAAUUCCCACCGGGCAGAGACCUCGUGGACCAUGGUCAGGCAGGACUCGGACUCGUCCAUCCUGGACAUGGAGGAAGCCGACCGGGACCUGGCGGCCGAGGAGCACCCUCUGAUCGCCAAGUACAUCGGGGAGGAAGAAUCUGCCAAGCUUCAGGAAGACAUGAAGGUCAAGGAACACGAAGACAAAGAUGACGCCAGCGGGCGGUCCAGCCCGUGCCUGAGCACCAUCUCCCAGGUGAGCAGCGUCUCCAUGGCCAGCGGCAGCGCCCGCAUGACCAGCUUUGCGGAGAGGAAGCUCCAGCGGCUGAACAGUUACGAAACCAAAUCCAGCACGAGCAGCUCACAGAAGACCACCCCCGACGGGUCGGAGUGCUGCCCGGCUCCGCUCACCACCUGGAAGCACAGGAGGGAGCAGAGCCCCACCAGGCAGAGCAGAGACAACGUCCACCUCUUGGCGUCCGAGCUGGUGCAGCUCCACAUGCAGUUGGAGGAGAAGCGGAGGGCCAUCGAGGCCCAGAAGAAGAAGGUGGAGGCCCUUUCCGCCCGGCAGAGGCUGAAGCUCGGCAAGGCGGCCUUCCUGCACGUGGUGAAGAAAGGGAAAGGGACGGAGGUCUCGCCGCCCCUGAAGCCGGAAGACUUCGCCAAAGAGUUCUCCGGGCACAACGGCGAAGUCCUGGAGGAGGACGCUUUGAACCCCAAAAUGGAGGCCUUCCUCGCCAAAGAGGAGGUGGGGGUGGGCGAGGAGGACACCCCCAGGGCGAAGGUCCAGGAAAUGGUGGGCUUCGUGGAGGAGAGCAUCUCCAGAGAGCCCACCGCCCACGAGAUCGAGAAGAGCAAGAUGGUCUCGGCGGCCCUCCUGGAGGAGACCAUCGAGUCCGCCGACCUCAACGAGUGCGACCUCUCCAUCGAAAAGCUGAACGAGACCAUCAGCACCCUCCAGCAGGCCAUCCUGAAGAUCUCGCAGCAGCAGGAGCUUCUCAUGAAGGCCCCCGCCCUCUCCGCCCCCCGAGGGGGCUCCCAGGACCCAAAGAUCAAAGCCCCCGUCCACUUUGUGGAGCCCCUCUCCCCGCCCGGCACCAACAGCCUCCGCAAACCACCCCGGCUGGGUCAAGGCCGGAGUCCCCGUGCGGGGAGGCCCUCUGAACUGAAAGUGGCCAAGGACCGUCCCCAUACCACGCCUCGCAUCAAGACCCCAACGCCCAGUGUUGACACCUUGCCCCACUUGAGACAAUUCCCACCCAGCCAUGUGCCCAAGGUGCCAGUCGAAAUGGCUCUUGAAAACCACCUGGGCCCAGGUAGCACUCCUCCGCAGGAGAAGCUUUCCUUCGAGAGUUACCGGCUGUGCGACGAUAAUCAGAGGGGGGCGUUUGUUUUGUCCUCUUCCAGGGACACAAACAUCCUCUCGGAAGCCCUCAGAGACGAGAACAGCAACGUGGAGGACUUCCGCCUCCUCGCUUGCUUGGACGUCUCCAAGGAGAACGUCUCGCUGGAAGAGCCGUCCAAGAGCAAAGGCAGCCUCAUCGAAGUGGACCUCUCGGAUUUAAAAGCCCCCGAAGAAGAAGUGGAAAGCCAGGGAAACCCUUCAGACUCAAUCAGUGAAAUGGACCAGAAGUCGGGCGUCGGGUUCUUCUUCAAGGACGAACAGAAAGCUGAAGAUGAGCUGGCAAAGAAGCGGGCCGCUUUUCUCUUAAAACAGCAGCGCAAGGCCGAAGAGACCCGGCUUCGAAAACAGCAGCUGGAGGCAGAAGUUGAACAAAAGAGGGACGAAGCUCGGCGAAAAGCUGAAGAAGACCGUGUGCGGAAGGAGGAGGAGAAAGCCCGCCGGGAGCUCAUCAAACAGGAGUAUUUACGGCGAAAGCAGCAGCAGAUUUUGGAGGAGCAGGGCUUGGGCAAACCCAGACCCAAAGCGAAGAAGCCGCGGCCCAAAUCGGUCCACCGGGAGGAAUCCUACAGCGAUUCGGGGACCAAGUGCUCCUCUACCCCUGAUAACCUGAGCAGCGCCCAGUCGGGAUCGAGUUUGUCCUUGGCCUCUGCCACAACAACCGAGCCGGAGAGCAUCCAUUCGGGAGGAACACCUUCCCAAAGAGUGGAGUCCAUGGAAUCCUUGCCCGUCUUGAGCAGGAACGCAAGCCGAAACAUGGAGCGAGAUUGGGAGAACACCUCGACCGCCUCUUCCAUUGCCUCCGUGGCCGAAUAUACCGGCCCGAAGCUCUUUAAGGAGCCCAGCAGCAAGUCCAACAAGCCCAUCAUCCACAACGCCAUCUCCCACUGCUGCCUGGCUGGGAAAGUGAAUGAGCCGCAUAAGAACUCCAUCUUGGAGGAGCUCGAGAAGAGCGAAGCCAACCACUACAUCAUCUUAUUCCGCGACGCCGGCUGCCAGUUCAGGGCCCUUUACUGCUACUAUCCUGACACUGAAGAAAUCUACAAGCUGACUGGAACGGGCCCAAAGAGCAUCGCCAAGAAAAUGAUCGACAAGCUGUACAAGUACAGCUCGGACAGGAAGCAGUUUAACCUGAUCCCGGCCAAAACCAUGUCGGUCAGCGUCGACGCGCUGACGAUCCAUAACCACUUGUGGCAAUCGAAGCGCCCUGCCGUGCCAAAGAAGACCCCGAACCGCAAAUGACGGGGGGGGGGGGGGGGCCGGCGGGACCGAAGGCAGCGUGUGGACGCUUAAGUGGCUGCCGCAGCCGUCCCUGGCUCCUUGCGGCCUUUCACGAGAGACCAGACCCAAAGCGGGGGAUUCACGACUCUCUCUCCUUUUUCUUUUAAACUUGAAGCUCUUCGUUGGCACCAGUUGGGACCCCUGUCUUCCCCUCCCUUCUUUCCGAUUCAACACUCCUGCAAAAAGGAAGACAAAAAAACCAGGACGCCGCCUCCAAGUUGGCAAAGCUGCAGUUUAGGAGGAGAAAGAAAACCCCCAGCAGCUUCUGGAUUCCUUAAAAGGAUCCUCGCCCCGACUGCAUUUUACUGCCAAUGUGAAGCCAGGCUCUCGUUUCUGGAGGGAGGGGAGGGGAGGGGGGGGGAAGGGAAGGCCAGGCCACCCCCGCCCCC